GCUGCCGUGGAGAGGCGGGGAGGGCGGCGGCACAGGGUCUGGCCCCUCCGCGCGCCUCCUGCCCGUUCUCCCCGCGCCCGGCACUCCAGCCCCCAGCCCCGGGCCCUAGCUGCUCGCUGCUCCCCGCUCCACCACCGCUGGACGCCGCGCGGGGUCCAGCGGGCCAGGUAGGAGGGAGGCGGCGCCGGGGCAGAGGGGCCGCGGGCGCCCCGCCGCCCUCCUGCGCUGUGCCCGAAGAUGUCGGGAGCUAUCUUUGCGCCCCUGGAGGGCCCGGGCGCCCUGGACGCGGCGAGCGGCCCCCCGCUCGUGUGCCCGCUGUGCCGCGCGCAGUACGAGCACCCCUGCCUGCUGGACUGCUUCCACGACUUCUGCGCCGGCUGCCUGCGCGGCCGCACCGCCGACGGCCGCCUCGCCUGCCCGCUGUGCCAACACCAGACGGUGGUGAAGGGCCCCAGCGGGCUGCCUCCGGUGGAUCGGCUGUUGCAGUUCCUGGUGGACAGCUCAGGGGAUGGUAUGGAGGUGGUGCGCUGUGCCAACUGCGACCAGGAGUGCGGCAAGCAGGACGCAGAGACCACGUACUUCUGCAACACGUGCGGGCAGCCGCUGUGUGCGCGCUGCCGCGAUGAGACGCACAGGGCACGCAUGUUCGCGCGCCACGACAUCGUGGCCUUGGGCCAGCGCAGCCGCGACGUGCUCCAGAAGUGCACACUGCACGCCGAGCCCUACAUCAUGUUCUCCACAGACAAGAAGUCGCUGCUGUGCAUCCGCUGCUUCCGGGACAUGCAGGGGGAGAGCCGGGCUCACUGCGUGGACCUCGAGUCGGCGUACGUGCAAGGCUGCGAGCGGCUGCAGCAGGCGAUGCUGGCGGUGAAGGCCCUGCAGACCGCCACACGGGAGGCCAUCGCACUGCUGCAGGCGAUGGUGGACGAGGUGCGACGCAGCGCGGCGGAUGAGGAGGCCGCCAUCCACGCCCUCUUCGGCAGCAUGCAGGACAAACUGGCAGAGAGGAAAGCGCUGCUGCUGCAGGCGGUGCAGAGCCAGUAUGAAGAAAAGGACAAGGCCUUCAAGGAGCAGCUCUCCCAUUUGGCUACUCUGCUGCCCACCCUGCAGGUCCACCUGGUCAUCUGCUCUUCCUUCCUCAGCUUGGCCAACAAGGCUGAGUUCCUGGACCUGGGCUAUGAGCUGGUGGAGAGGCUGCAGGGCAUCGUCACGCGGCCCCAUCGCCUACGGCCGGCACAGAGCAGCAAGAUCGCCAGCGACCACCGCGCCGAGUUCGCGCGCUGCCUGGAGCCGCUGCUGCUGCUGGGACCGCGCCGGGCGGCGGGUGCCGGGGGCGGUACCAGCACGCUAGCAGGGGGCUCGGGCCCCAAGGUGCUGAUGGGGCCCAGCUGCCCUUCCCCCGUGGGAAAGAUGUUGGGGUCACCGGUCCAAAAGCCCACGCUGCACCGGUCCAUCAGCACCAAGGUGCUGCUGGCAGAGGGCAACGAUUCACCCUUCACGGAACACUGCCGCCACUUUGAGAACUCCUACCGGGUGAGGGGGCCAGGGACCUGCCAGCUGGGAAAGGCCCCACCCCUUCUCGCCAAGCGCCUGCAGGCAGAGAUGCAGAACCUGAAGGACCAGGUGCAGGAGCUGCACCGGGACCUCACCAAGCACCACUCGCUCAUCAAGGCCGAGAUCAUGGGUGAUAUCCUGCACAAGUCCCUGCAGGUGGACACACAGAUCGCCUUGGAGUAUGCUUCCGUGGAGGGCAUGAGAGCAGUCUUCCAGGAGAUUUGGGAGGAAUCCUACCAGCGCGUGGCUAACGAGCAGGAGAUUUAUGAAGCCCAGCUCCAUGACCUCCUCCAGCUGAAGCAGGAGAAUGCCUACCUGACCACCAUCACCAAGCAGAUCACGCCCUACGUCCGCUCCAUUGCCAAGGUGAAGGAGCGGCUAGAGCCCAGGUUUCAGGCCCCUGUGGAUGAACCGUCAGACCAUCUACAAAACACGCAUGAUGACGGCGUGAACGGUGAGGCCCAGGCCAGGAACGAUCCAGUGAGUGUCUCGGAGAGGAGAGAGAAGAGCUCAGAGCCGAGAAACAGCCGGACCCUGAGCAGCCUCGCAGAAGAGCCUCCACUGAAAAAUAAAGAUUCUCACAGACCCAAACCGAAAAAUGGGGGUGACGUCCCCACAUGGAGAGAGCGCCCAGCUUAGCAUGGGACUGGUCCCGGAGGUCGGGCAUUUCACAACAUGCACGUCAAGGCUGGGAUAUUUAAGAAAAGGCGGUUCCCAUCAUGAUUUUCUGUUUAAUGUGUAAUCAUUUAUCAGCAGUAAAACCCAGACAGUCUCUGCCAGGUCCCAAUUUCAGGUUCUUUGGCUUGAGCUAGACUUCGUGUCACCCCGAGUCCUGGUCCUCAUCACGGUGACUCGGGACGGCAUCCCAGUCUGCGUGGAAGAUGUUACAUGAGUGAACAUCCAGCCUGAAGCCCCUCACGCCCCCUGCACCUCCCUGGCGUCUGUGUGCUAGUCCCGAGAGCUCUCGCUGGGGUGGGGUGUGCACCCGUCUGAAUUUCGGGUGAUGAGACUCGCCCACUGUGCGGCAUCUGCCCUGCCACAGAGGAAUCCGGCUCCUCCUGAACCACAGCCCCACUGUUAACCGGGCGACCCUGGAAAGUUCCACCCGCUAAUCUGAGCGCUGACUCAGCAUAGGGGAAAAAACCUUCGCUCCAGCUUUUCUCACUGUAGGGCCAGGGCUGAGCGCAUAAAGCCACGCAAUAGCAUCUGGUGGCCUGCAUGGCAGGAGGUGGCCUCCGUCACGACUUCCCCACCGCUGUCCCUGCCUGCUGUCACUCUCCUGUGUUCACCUUCUAUUGAUAUUAAAGCACAAUUCACCAGCAACUUUGCUCUAGUGGUUUUCCACUCCUACCCAGUACCCUUUUUAUCAAGCGGAACUUAAACAAAAUGCUUAAAAAAGAAAAUUAACCUGCAUGACCUAAAAUGUAAAGUUUUGGAGGCAAAAUGAUGCCCAAAGAAUCAUGCUUCAAGCAAACAUCAGCUUGAUUCAGUGGUUCCAACAGCGAGUGGCUUCUCUGUGCCA